AUGGAUUUCGAUUAUGGCGUGUCAGAGAUAUCGAGCGUGGUGGCGCGAGGGCGGUUGGCGGUGCUGACUGCGCACUUAAUAACCGCCACCUCCUCCAAUGAGCUCAUUGAGGUGGCGCCAUCUCUCGAGCCAAACAGCCUCUCAGCUCAGGUCUCACCUCCCGGAAACCUUGCAGGCUCCUUGACCGUCGUUGAUGGAAGGACCGGCAAGAAGUACCAGGUACCGGUCUCUGAGGAUGGCACUGUCAAAGCUACUGAUCUUAAGAAGAUUACAACUGGGAAAAAUGACAAGGGGCUCAAAGUUUAUGACCCAGGCUAUCUGAAUACAGCUCCUGUUCGGUUGUCGAUUUGUUAUAUUGAUGGUGAUGAGGGUAUCCUUAGGUAUAGGGGCUACCCAAUUGAGGAGUUGGCUGAGAAUAGCACCGUUGUGGAAGUGGCCUACCUCUUAAUGUAUGGGAAUUUGCCUUCUGAAAAUCAGCUAGCAGACUGGGAAUUUGCUAUCUCUCAGCAUUCAGCCAUACCACAGGGAAUUCUGGAUGUAAUACAGGCGAUGCCUCAUGAUGCUCACCCAAUGGGUGUACUUGUCAGUGCAAUGAGUGCUCUCUCCAUUUUUCAUCCUGAUGCCAAUCCUGCUCUCAGAGUAUCAAUAUUUUACAGGUACAAGUAUCAUGGCAUAGGUUUUAUAUAUGUACUGUUACCUGACACUUCUUCUAUCUUGUGAAAAACUUUCCACACCCAAUUUUUCACUAAAUUUCAAGGAAUAUCUCUAAUUUAACUUUUGGAAAUAAAAUUCUGGUAUGAAUUUCAAGCCA